CAUAAGAGUUAGAAUCAAGUCUUGCCCAAGAUUAGAAUUUAGGAUUGAGUUAAAGAUCUGCGCCGUUCGUUACCAAACUCUAUCUGCCUUUAGACUAAUUUUAAGUCAGAACGGCAAAGUAUGACUUCGCCUGUUCCCUUGAUUCACUUUAAAGUAUUCAAAUUAUUUGGUAGCUCUAUCAAUUGUGAUAUGAGCCGUCACAAUAAAAACCGACAAAGUUAAUUAUGGAAAUUAUUUGAACAACUGCCGUCGCUGUGGAUUGGCGCACAGUUGUCUAUUUAAGAGGCAAGGAAACUGGACUGCCGUGAAUACAGUUGAUCGAUAGGAGCCAAAGCAGUAUGUUUUACGCAUUCAUAGCACUUGUUUUGGCCAUGCUCCACCUGUCAUUCGCAGUACAGGUGCAAACGGAGCACACCAUUGUGGAGGAAUGGAGCUGGCAAGACCAUCACAGCAACAGAGACUUGGGAAGCUAUAACUACUACACAGCUCUAGAUUAUGAUCAAAAUUUCGACGGUGAUGAGAAUUCAAACGAUAAUGAAUAUGAAGAGGAUGAUGGCAGGGCUACUGCCGCCGGCUUGGACCGGGAUGAGGAUCCGUGCGAGCGCAGCUGUCCCCGGUACUACCGGCCUGUCUGCAUUCUCCGCAAUGGCCGCAAUAUGACAUUUGCCACGCUCUGCGAGUUCCACAAUCAAGUACGUUGUGCCAACGAUCUAAGAAGACAAGGUCAUGGCUAUGUGGUCCCCAUCUUUCAAUACCAACAUGAUGGUGGCUGCUAAACAAAAUGAUUCAUUUAGAGUGGUUUUGCUCAAUCAAAGAGUCACAUUCAUGACCAAAAAACUCGAAAUAGCAUUUCAAAACAUAAAGCUCAAAAUUCUUCAUUCCCUCCCUGGAUAAUGAAGAUUCGAAAAGCGAUGAGGACACAAAUAUGGAUGAAUUUGAAUGGGAUGAUUCUCCUACCAGCUUGGACCAGUGUGACAGUAAAGGCUCUCUUAUAGGACAUCAGCUUGACAACAGAUAUAACAACUAUCAAGGAAAAUUGUAUUACCUACAUAAAUAAGAUUGUACGGCUCCAAAUGUAAUUCAAACAAAAUAAAAUGUGUCCGAGAUACAAUUCCUUUUAACGU